CUGCGGGCGGGCUGCAUGUCUGCCCCCCCCCCAGCCCUGCCGCCACGAAGCCUGCCCCUCAGCGAGCCUCCCCGGCCCCCAGCCGGCCCCUCCUCGCCGUCAGCGGCCCUUUAUCGCCUCGUUCAACUUUUCUCUUUCUCCAAGGGGCGGCCGAGGUGGCGGUGCCCCCGGCGGCGGCCGCCAGGUACCUCCCCCCGCCGCCUCCUCCGCCCCCUUCGGCGGCGCUGCCAGGCGGCCGCGGGGCUUCCUGCUGACGGCGGCCAGCCGCGGAUGGGCAGGACGGGCGGCCGGCCUCCGCUGCCCUUCUCCUCUUCCUCCUCUUCUUCCUCCUCCUCCUCCUCGGCUCCCCCCCCCAGCAGCGCGGGGCAGGCCCGGGCGGCGCUGAGGGGAGGGCGCCGGCCUCAGCCGCCGCCCCCCAGCCAUGGCAGUCCCCGCUGCUCGCUGAGCGCCGCCGCCCGCGGGCCCCUCGCCCAUGGCCGAAGCCUGGAGGCUGGAGGAGGACGAGGAGGAGCUGCGGGAGCUGGGCAGGAGGCACCGCAGGGGUGCCCUGGGCUCGGCGGCAGCCAAGGACCCUUGUCAUCCAUAAGAGCAGCAAUCAAGAGAUCUUCUCGGACUUCUAGCCAUAGUGAACAGCAGAGGGAUAGAAGGCGUCCUGAAAUUACAAUAGUUGCUGCUGAACCCCUCCGGCCAUCCUCCUGGUUUCCAGGUGCAAGCCCUGUCGCUCCUCAGGGAUUAGGAUUCCCUUCUUCUUCGUCUCAUGCUCAGUGGAGGACAAAUGAGCUUAUUCCAGCUGAGCUUCCACCGUCUUAUGAGCAGGUGAUAAAAGAAAUUAAUCAAGUGCAAGUCAAUACAACAAAUAACAAUAAUGCUGCUGCUUCUAGACAUACCACUACUUCUGCAACACAAACUGACUUUCCAGAGGAACUAAUCAGCCGUUUGCCAGCAAGUAAUGUAAAAAACAGUGUGCCUGCACACUGGGAAUCUGCAAGCUAUCCAGGGCAAAGUCCUCUGAAACCUCCUAGGCCUUCUGCAUCUCUCCUGAAUAGGUCUUCAGAAAAUGAGACUUCCUUAAUAGGUUUUGAUGUUUCUGAAGGUCAGAAGCACCAAGAAAAUCCCAAUGCUGUGAUAUGUCCUGUGCCAAAGCCAAGAUCAAGAAGCAAUCUCAGACCUGUGGUCAAAAAUACUGAAAGUCAGAUAAGAGACAAUGGGGAAGAAGUGAACCAGUCUAACACAAAAAGACAGCAACCUUCAGCUGAGCAGUCAUCUGUGUUAGAUGAUAGCUUACUAGACAAUCAUUUGGCAGUGGACAGCAUGAGUACAGGAAAGAGCCAAAAUAGUAUUGUUUCAAGGAUCAAAGUUUUUGAAACCCAAGGAACUAAUGAUACCUCAGGAUUAGCAAAGAAACCAGAAAUUGCGCCUCGUUCAUUCGCCCCAAGACCUGUACCUGCAAAGAAGCCAGUAGUUGCUCCAAAGCCAGGGCUAAGCAGAGUUUCGGGAGAUUGGGAUGCAUGGACAGAAAGCAAAUCAACACCUUCUUCCAAGGAAUUGCAGCUUCAACCUGAAGCAGUUGGGAACAGUGUUGCAACCAAACCUGAACUGCCAAAGAAACCAAAACCUGGCCUUGUAAAAAGUAGUAGUAGUGAUUUUCUUGAUACAAAGAGUGGAUCGGUUGCAGAGAACGAUGGACAAAAGAAAUAUCCUGUUCCUGCUCCAAGGCCUCUCGUUCCUAAAAAGUCACCUAGUGCAGAAAAUCCUGCCUUUUCUUUGGCCACGCUAAAACCAAUUGCUGCACCCCCACGGGCUCCUGUAUCUCUCCAAGAAAAAGUUUCCAAGUCUCUGGGGGAAUUGUCACCUGCAGCCAACUCCUCAGCACCCACUUUGCAAAGUAAACUAGAUGUGGAAGGAGAUCUGAUCAGUUUUGAUGAUGACGUUUUGCCCCUGAGUCCACCUUGUGUCGUUAAAGAUAGCAUCAGUUGUGAAGCAGCAGCAGAUCCAUUCCAGUUCCUCUCCAAAAGUGAACCGGUGAAGGAACAGGCAGCUCAACCAGCGUUAGCACGGAAACCCACUGUUAUCCGAAUUCCGGCUAAACCUGGGAAAUCUUUAAAUGACAUCCCUCAUAGCCCUCCACCACUCCCAGCUGAAAAGCCUAUUGGCAACACCUCUGACAUCACAGCAGGCAAACCCAACAGUGGUGACCUAGUAAAAAAAUUGGACUUGGAUCAUUCAGAACAGGCUGGAGCACCUCAGCUAGAACCUGCACUACCUCCAAGGCCUGCGAAUGGAAAAAUUGUACCAGCUCGACCUCCCCCACCUAAAGGAGUUCCUGGAAGGCCACCUCCACCAAAACUCUCUACAACCAAGACCUCCUCCCAGAAGGAUGCUCUUUCCCGAUCCACUUCUGACAUUGCUCCUGAUAAAAGACCAAGCAAGUUCAAAUUGGGACCCAAGAGAACAAAGAGCCAAGUAUUAAAAAAUCAAGAUCCAGCUUUACCUCCAAGACCUAAACCAGGUCACCCCCUCUACAAUAAAUACAUGCUACCUUUGUCUCAUGGAAUUGCCAAGCAAGAUUGCCUUCCCAGGAACCAUGGGGAACUGUCCUGUAAGGAUUCAAACAACCCUUCAAAAGUUGCUGACACAAGUGCACCUCAUGCUGUAGUCCUGCAUGAUUUUUCUGCAGAGCAUGCUGAUGACUUGGACCUUCGUUCUGGAGAUACAGUUUGUCUUUUGGAGAAAAUUGAUGCUGAGUGGUACAGAGGAAAAUGUGGGAAUCGCACAGGGAUAUUUCCUGCCAGCUUUGUGAAAGUAGUUAUUGAUGUUCCAGAAGAAGGCAAAAGGAAAAAAAUACCCUGCUCGUCACCAUCUAUUAAAGGGCCAAGAUGCAUAGCACGAUUUGAGUAUAUUGGAGACCAGAGAGAUGAACUCAGUUUUUCAGAAGGCGAAACUAUUAUCCUUAAAGAAUAUGUAAACGAAGAGUGGGCCAAAGGAGAGCUUAGAGGCGCAUCUGGAAUUUUCCCCUUGAACUUUGUGGAAAUAAUUGAAGAUCUGCCUGGAACAGGAGCCGCACUGAAGAACAAGGUGGAGGUUUCUUCUUCCCUUCCUCAGAACAACAGACACUCAAUGGAGUGGUGUGAAGCACUUCAUGAUUUCACAGCAGAAACCAAAGACGACUUAUCCUUCAGAAAAGGAGACUACAUCCAGAUACUGGAACGAGUAGAUUCAGAGUGGUACAGAGGAAGGCUGAAUGACAAGGAAGGGAUUUUCCCAACAGUGUUUGUUCAGAUCUGCUCAGCCAGAGUAGAGAUGUCACAGUCUCUAGGAGGGAAGAAAAGAAAAGCCAAAGCUCUUUAUGAUUUUCAUGGCGAAAAUGAAGAUGAGCUUUCCUUCAAGGCAGGUGAUAUCAUAGCAGAGCUGGAAUCCGUAGACGAGGACUGGAUGAGUGGAGAGCUGCAAGGAAAAGCUGGGAUAUUUCCCAGGAACUUUGUUCAAAUUUUAAGAACACCAUGAAGUGUUGCCUGUCUUUGUACUCCCUAUAAGCAGGAGAGAAUGUUCUCUAGCCUGAAGGCACAGCAAAGACAUCGACGUAUUUUGACUAUCAAUGUUUUGCACUACUUUUUCUAGACAGUCAUAGGAGUAUCUUGAAGUUAAAUGAGACAAUUUUAGUCUUUUGUGACUGUGUUUAGCCAUGCUUCAUGAAUGCUCUGAGAGCAAAUGCAAGCACGAUUUUUAGUGGUUUCCAGCUAGGGAAAUACUGUGGUGCAGCACCAUUUUAACUUAAACAGCAUUCUGCUAUGUUUACUAUCUGGUAUUACAUUUGUCAUGUACAACGUCUGCAUAAAGUAAGCUUCCGUGGGCUUCUUUUAAAACUGUUUAAAGAGUUGUUUUUAAUAUAUAACUACAGCACUCAGUAUGUAGAUAAAGUUUGAUAUUCAGGUUUCUUUACUGCUUGACUUCCACAUUAGCAGUAGAAUCCACUUGUUUUUAUGACUUAGAGGACAAGAAAUGUAACUUAUCUCAUAGUAGAAAAAUAUCAAAUCUAGAACUGGUAAGAGGGAAAACUCAAGCAAAUCUUUGUUAACUGUUCUCCUAUUCUUAGCCCAAACUGCUCAUAUGGGAAGAUCAGAAAAAACAGGUAUUUUGCCUCUUAACUAAUAGUAUUCAAAUUGGUAUGAACUAUCUUAAACCUCUUCUCCCUUACCCUAAAUCUUUUCUAGAUAGAGCUUUAGUUGUUCGACUACCCUGUUCUUCUUCAAGCACCACCCUGCCCUUCUGUCCCAGCAGCAGUUAGCUGUGAUGGACAGCAUUUACUCAGCUUUCUCAGCCCCCCUCGUGCAGUAGCUGCACUAUUUCAGCUAUUUGCCCCUCCACCCCUUUCAUGUAAGUGGAAAGCCAGUCUUCACUCAGUCUGCAUUUCAUUUGUCGCUCAAGCACUGGAACAUACUUCAGUAACACUAUUCCUCUCCUUAACAUGAAGGAUAUUAUACAGCCUUGGUUUUAGCUUUCAGCAGACGCGGGAUUAGUUUUCAGUUUGUUACCACGUACCAGCUAUACUGAGCAUCAUUAUAAAUGGUCUGUCGAGGCCUUAAGGAAAAAAUGUCUGGCAACCUGGUACAUCAAGAAGCUUGAACAAAAUCAUUUAGUAAAAAGCAGCAGUGCGACUUGAACAACAGAAACUGAGACAGACAUGACUGCGGGAGCUGAGCCGGCUGGCAGUAAAUUCCUUUUUGUGACACUUGCCUUCUGACAAAGUAGUUAAACAUGCACGCCUUGAUAAGCAACUAACCUCUGCCUGCAACAGGAAAAAUAAAGUGUUGAAGCCAGCCGGUGGGGGCAGCUCUCCUCCCCCGUCACUGCACCUGGGUUCCCAUCGCAGCAGGCAGACAGCAAGGAGCGGGUGCACCCUGUCGGGGCAACCGGCCAGGGCUUGCCUGAAGUGAACACGCAGGGAGCAAUCAGCACAGCACCGACACGAGGACCCCAGCACUCGUUUGCUCUGCAGAUUUCACUGUGAUGCUGCAGUACUCGCAAGUCUGGACGCAGGCUUUAGCACUCCAGCAUUUUUUCUCUAGAAGCUUCACAAAUGUGGUGUGUAGUUAAACUUGUCACCAUCACGCAGCUAGAGGAUGAAGAUCACAAAGCUUUUGAGAGCUGAGAACUGGAUUUUUACUUUCAUUAAAGGGGUUAACAUUAUAACAAUAAUUGUAAAUCAUGCACUGUUCCAGAAGAAUAGAAACGUGAUUGUUUCUACAGCUGUUACUCAUUUUUAACAUCCCAACGAGCCUACCCUGAUCUGUGGAAUUCAACUUCAACCUCAGUCCACCUCUGAGAACAACUCAUCCCACUCUCCAAGCUCUCCUACCAGGUGCUAAAGGUUCUUGUUUAUUCAGAUAGAGCAGCCCUUUCUUUAUAGAGGACUCCAAUGAAAUGAAUAUGAGAGAUUCCUGAUUUUUCAACCAUGAACUUUAGGGGACCACCCUAUUCAACAGGCUUCUUGCAUUAUGGCCUGUGCCCAGACAACUCCACCCCCAGAAGCAGAAUAGCAGUCCUCAGAAAGGACGUAGUGAUGGUGGAUGAGGCCAAAGUGGAUGAUGCUUGCUUGCUGUUUGUCUGGCAGUUUUCUAAGAUUUUGAUACAAGUCUCAAAUUAGAUCAGAUUUCUUUUAUAUUUUUUCAGUUUCCUCACCCUCGUUUCUAUAACUGUGAUAUUGACCAUUUUUUUUCUAACUUCCAUGGAAUGUUUAAAGUCAGUGCCUCCCAGUAGGUCAGACUGCUCUUCUUUCAUAUCUCCUCCCAGUCACGCAGGAAAGGAAGAGCAGCAAAGCCUUACAUUCAGUGCAAGGAGUGCCACCUAAAGGCUGUUUACAUUACUGCAGACACAAGCUAUUAAAGUCAGAGAAAAGUCAGUUGGCUUUUACAGGAAGGGAUUUUCUUAAGACUAGAUGCCUGCUAUCACCAUGAAACUGCAUACAGAUAAUACAAUUCCUAAGGUGUACAGUACAUAAUUUGCAGAAAAGCAAGAAUGAGGUUGAGCACACAUCUUACCUGCAGUGUAGUAGCAAAUUUCAGCUGUAACCUUGGAAUUCAGCCAGAGCCCAUGUGUUAGUCUAAUAGAAAACGUUUUGAUAAACAAGGCUUUUAUUGUUUGCCCCACCCUCUGGAACUAUCUUCAGGAAGGAGACUGUUCUGUGUACAAUUAACCGUGUGGUAAAUAAAUCUUUGUUAAGUCCGGUAAGUUUGUUAUGGUACCUCUGUAAAUUAAAAAUGUAUUUAACCAAUAAAUUUUUAUAAUUAA